AUGGAAAAUGGAAAAGAUCAGAAAAUCAAUUGUGAUAUGAAAACUGAUCUAAAUUUACUCCUUGAAUGUCUUAAGUAUCAAAUGGACCAUCCAGCUUCUCAAAAAGAAGCCUUGGUUACUAUUUAUUCGGUUUGUCAACAAAACGUUGCUGCCUGUGAGUAUUUUAGAGAAAUAGGAGGUCUGAUAUUUGUAUGGAAUCUUGCAAAAUCACAAGUGCACAGUUUGGUUCAAGAAGCUGCUUUAUUUACAAUAGGAGGUUUGGCUGAGAAUAAUGUGUUCUGCCAACAGAUGUUAUGCACAGCUGAAUUAUUUAAGGAUCUUCACACAUUUUUAACUAAUAAGGAUUCAAGUAUGAAUUUGAAAAGAAUGUCUGUAUAUGUCUUACUGGUGCUGGCUUCAAAUAAUAACAGUGGACAAACACAUGUGAGAGAAUCUGGAUGCCUCGAUAUUUUGCUACACUUAUUCAGAGUAAUUCCUUCAGAAUCUCAAAUUAACCUUUUCGAUGGUAAAAUUGAUCAGUAUCAUCUGUGGUCCUCAGUUUGUAGUAAUCUUUGUGUAUGUGUCAACAAUCCUCAGAAUGAGGAAAAUCAGAAAGCCUGCAGUUUGGUUUUUCCAUAUGCAAAAUAUUGGCUGCAAAGUAGUAUGAAGGCUGAGAUAAUUCGCCCAAUAUGUUCAUUCAUUGGCCUGACUGUUGCAAAUAAUUCAAGAACGCAGAAUUUUUUUAUUUCUAUUGGGGGAUUAGCUGUUUUGGACGAGCUUCUUCUCAAACUGAUACACGGUUCAUUGGGGAACAAUACAAAUAUAAAACUUGCUGUAGUGGUGACAAAAACAUUGGAUGCCUGCAUUGCUAAUAACACUGCAGUUGGUGUUCAUUUACCAAAGUAUAACAUUGUGCCUAAUCUACUGAAACUGCUUUCUUAUAACAUUUUGGACUCAGGAGAGCGAUUCAGCAUUAUGCUUACUCUUGGACAUUGUACAGAAGUCUGUGAGGAAAAUCAAUAUACUCUGAUUAAGAACAAUGGUCUUCCACUUAUGAUUCAAGCACUAACUGAAAUGCAGGAUGAUGAACUAAAUAAAGCUGCUACCUUUGUGUUGCAAAACUGCAAACAGAUGACUGAAAAAUUGUCGGUGAAGAUGAAUCAGCAUUCAUUCCAAGAGGAUGAAAGAAGAAUAUUGGAAGUGGAUUGGCAGAACGAAGAGAGGAUUCUUGAAGAUUAUUGGAACGAAGCAAAACAAAUUUUAUACAGAAUCAAAGGGCUUGAAAAUGAACAAGAGGAAAACAUCAGAAGAGAAAUAUUAAUUGAUGAAGAUGCCCCUCAAGAAAAGUUUCUGCAGGCUAUGACCCAACAUCAUCAAACAAAUUCCAGCAAGCAGCCAUCAGAUAACAGCAAAAUAUAUUUAGAAAUGAAACAUCCACUACAAAAUACUAUUUCUAAAGUGCAGACUACUUCUAAAUUUGAAAAGAGUUCUUCCAGAUGUAGAAUAGGUAGACUUUCCUUAAACAGCCGGAACUUUAGCAAGACUCUGCAGUCUUGUCAAUAUCUGUGUGAACAACACAAAAUUAUUCUAGAAUCUGAGAUGGAAUAUAAAAGGAAGUUGAGAAGAUCCAUAAUGGCUAACAAGAAUAUUUCUGCAUAUAAUAAUGCAAGUUUUCAGUGUGAUGCACGUUCUAAGAACCAAACAAUGAAACAGAUUUACAGCCUUCAAGACCAGGAUCUGAGUGAAAACCAUCCAUUUGAAGAGGAGAAUACUGAAACACUAUCAAAUAGCUCUACAACAACUUUAAAGAAAAGGAGAAUCAGGAAAGAUUUUACAUCAGAAGAAAUAAGUUAUCUUUUGGAAGGUGUAAGGAAAAUGGGGCAUCAUUGGAAUUCAAUUUUAUGGGCCUACCCAUUUCAGGAAGGACGGACAAAUGUUGAUCUUGCUAAGAAAUACGGCAGGUUACAGAAGAAUGGAAAGAGCAGAAAUACCCAACCUCUGUGAAAAUGGCCUGUAACAAAAGCUUGGAUGUAUGCAGGAUACUUGCUUUGUAACUGGAGAUUGUACAGUUAGAUGCUCUUUCCAC